ACAAGUGAAGACGGCUGCUGCAUCGGUACAUUUUACUUGAGUUUUAGUACUUGCAGUUGCAAACGCAAAUGGUAGAGAACGGCCGCAACUCUGCCGACGACCAUCCGAUGUUCAAUUUCGGUCAGAUUGAGUUUUAACUCAUCGCCAGGGGCCACCUCCUAGAUCGCGAAAAAUCCAGCUUUCCGAGGUAAAGGUAAUUCAGUACAGGCUUGACAAGCUCAUCGCUGCUCGAUGGAGACGGAAUCACUGGAGCUCGAGGACGGAGAAGUCGUCGACGACGAGCCCAUCGAUGCUUUUGAAGCUUACAAUGUUCUUCAACGACCACAUAGUCAUGUUCCCCCUGUUCCAGAGCAAUCCAAUAAGCUCAGAUAUAGUGAUGAUUCAGAUGUAUCAGAAGCUUCUGAAAGUGACUCUGAUUCUGAUGCAGGACAUUGUAGGAUAAAGAGACCAAAAAUCAAGAUAAAACGCUGUAAGACAUUGAAUCAACAGUCUAGGUCUAAUGACAAAUACAAAGUAUGGUGUACACAGGUGCAAGAAGAAUCAUUGACAGAAGAUUUGGUCUCUUGUGGAGUAACAAGAAGUUUAUACCAUGAUCGUAAUGUUGAAAGUUAUGAUUACACAAUGGGAUACUCACUUAAUAAAAAAAGCCGAGAUAACAAUACUUCUGAUGAGGAUCAAGAAGUAGAACCAAGACUGACAAACAAAAGAACAUUUAAUGAUAGGCGUAAUGCUAAAUUAAGAUUGGGUAAAAGGAGUAAAAGUCAUGAAAAUGAAGAAGAUCCAAAAGGAGCAGCCAGAAUCCUUCCAGAUUUAAUUGUAACUACAGAAUCUUCUGUUGAUGAAGUAGCAGCCGAUAUUGCAGACAAAUUAUCAGAAAAAAAGGAUACCCUCAUCAAAAGGGUGGUUGAAAUUUUAGGAAAAGAGCAAGCUAUCGACUUUUUCCAAAAAACAAAGAAGAUAGAAGAAGAAGGAGGUAUGUUGAUCAUGAAUGGUUCCAGAAGAAGAACUGCAGGCGGAAUUUACCUCUACCUUGUUAAAAAUGACGAUCACAUUCCUCAGCCAAAAAUUCGAGAAAUAUUCUACCAGGACAAAAGAGAGAAUACAGAUAGAAAAAAGAUGAUAGAGACCACACAUAGAAAACAACAGACUCAAGAGCUUAUGAAACUCUUAGAAAAUGGUUCAAAUAAAGAUUUACCAGCUUUACUAAACCGAGCUGAACUUUCAACACGACAAAUAGCUGAAGAAGCAAGAUUAAGAAGGGGCGAAGGUAUGGAUAGGAUUCCAAUCGAUUCAGAUCGUACAGUCUCUAAUCCGCCACCAAGUCCCGUAACAGACGAUCCCGAUCAUUCUGAGCCCCCGAAUCCGGUUUGUUCAAGACGGAUUCAAGAGUAUGGAGAUGAUUUUCUUGAUAUUGGUGUAGAAGUGGACAUGGAAGUCUUUUAAGUCAAUUACCUGAAUCAUUUUCAUUUUUUUUUUUUUUUAAUUCAGUUUUAAGGCACUAUUAUUAUCAAUUAAUUAUCGUUUAAUUAUUAUUAUCGUUACAUGAAAUUUGUUAAUUUUAAAUUAAGAUUAACUUUGAUUCCUUUUCAUAAUUUGCGUAUAUAUAAAAUUCGAAGUUCAUAUGCGAUUGUAAAUAUGCGUGCUGAUUGCCAACUCACUCGCUCACUUUGUACAGAUCUUUGCAAAUAUUUAUGUACAAUUUCAUAACGAAAAAUUUCCCAAAAUUGAAAAAAUCAAUAGCCAUUAUGCAACAAUCAAUUAUGAUUAAGCUAAAAGUUGAUAUUGUCAAACUGAUUGCACCUCAAUUAAAUCAUUGUAAAUUAUUACAUUAUCCAAUAAUGAUUUUAUACUUUAAAUAGAUUUUAUAAGAACCUUGUAAUUUUGAUAAUGUUCUUGCUAUUAAAGAAUUAAAACCUUUAUAAAUGUCACAAAAUGAAUUAAAAGCAUCAGUGUCAGGAGACGAUGAUAAUCGAUAAACCAAUCAAAUUAAAUUAUUUAAUGUUGUACUUUGCGUGAUUGAUUUCAAACUUAUUAUUUUAAAAUUCAUAAAACAUACAAAAACUAACAAUAUACACACUUGUAAUUUUUCAAAAUUGGGUGUCUUGACACUGAUACUUUAUUUUGCAACUAAUUUAUCUCAAAAAUAAAAUUUUUAUAGUCGAUUUGGUUUAAUAUUUGUAUAAAUUUUACUAACUGAAAUCGCUUAGUAUAACAAUUUUAAAAUAGCAAAUAAUUAUACAAAAACUUUCCUGUCCAAAUAAGUGAAAAAAAAUAAAUGCGUGUAUGAUGGGCAAAGUUUAUAUUAGGCACUUAAAGUUGUAAACAGCGUUUUUCUACAAUAUAAGUCUAUUGUAAGACUGCAGUGUAUUGCAACAAUUUACAUUUAAGUACACGUAAAUGUAAUGUACAUAAUAGAAUUUCAUGAGAGUGGUGAACCAGUAAAUUUGCGUUCUGCUAAAAUAAAAUGGUAAUAAACUUGUGAAAAAGAAGCAUCGUUAAAGUUUAAAAGCCAUUAUUAAAUAAAUUGAAAUAAAAAAAUGUAAAUUUACGGUACUUCAAUUUUUUAUUGUAAACUAUUUACACUUUCUAUAAAAACAAACUUUGUACAAAAAGAACAAUGUUAUCGUUAUGCCAUUUUUUCUAUCAGAGACAGUAAAUAUUCACAUCGUUCCUUCACCUAUGAAAUAUAAAUAAAUUUAGUUUAAAAGAAUGUAAA